CCCAUUCCCCCAUUCCCCCCAUUCCCCCACUCCCACUUCUCCCAUCUCUCAUCUCCCAUCCUCCAUCCUCCAUCCUCCAUCCAUCACUCUCAUGAUGGACUCCUCCAUCCCACCCUCCCCUGGCUCCGGCACCCCCCUCGGCCCCGGCACUUUCACCCCCGUCAACGGCGCCCAGUCGCCGACGCCCCCCACCCUCGCAUCCCGCGCCCCGCUCAAUCCCUCCGGGCCCAGAAUCAAGUGGGAUGUCCAAAGCAAGAAGAAGCAGAAAAAGGUCGCUGUCCUCACUUCGGGCGGUGAUAGCGCUGGAAUGAAUGCUGCUGUCCGCGCCGUUGUUAGACAGACGAUUGCUCGCGGUUGCCAGGCCUACAUCAUCCGCGAGGGAUGGGAGGGUCUGGUACGCGGCAACACUGCCGAGCCCACCCCCGCUGUCUCGCGCCGCGGCUCGCAGGCACCCUCGCCCUCUCUCGGCGCUAUGCAGAGCUUUAGCUUCACCCAGUCGUUCGCUCCUGAGGACAUCAAUCUCGGCGCGGCGGCUGCACGCGUGCACGGCGACGUGCAGGCUGCCGAGGACGACAAGCCUGUCCAGUUCAGUGACCCUAUGAGAGUAGCGCCUCUCACCGCCGCCCCGCUUUCGUUCGGAUAUGGCAGCCUGCUGCGCGAUGGCGCUGGCGAAGCCGACAUAGAUGAGGACGGCAUGUUCCACAUCCCCGAGGAGGUCGAGGGGGGCAAGACGCUGCGCGGCCGCUACAUCGUGCGCGUGGGUUGGGACGAUGUGCGCGGUUGGCUCGGCGAGGGCGGCACGCUUAUCGGCUCGUCCCGUUGCCCAAGCUUCCGCACGCGGGAGGGCCGCCUCAAGGCCGCCCACAACCUUGUGCGCUACGGCAUCGACUGCCUCGCCGUUUGUGGUGGUGACGGCUCGCUUACCGGUGCCGACACGCUACGUGCAGAGUGGCCGGGCCUCAUUAAGGAGCUGCACUCGAACGGUGACAUCAACGACGAGGAACUCGAGAACUUCCGCCACCUCAACAUCGUUGGUCUCGUGGGGUCCAUCGACAAUGACAUGGCCAUGACCGACCUCACUAUUGGCGCGGUUACUGCUCUUCACCGCAUCUGCGAGGCCAUUGACUCCAUCGGCUCCACGGCUUCGUCGCACUCGCGCGCCUUCGUUAUUGAGGUUAUGGGCCGGCACUGCGGUUGGCUGGCGCUGAUGGCUGGCGUGGCCACGGGUGCCGACUUCAUCUUCAUCCCCGAGCAUCCUCCCGCAAAGCAGGACUGGGAGACGGCAAUGUGCGAUGUGCUCAAGCAGCACCGCCGCGUCGGCAAGCGUAAGAGCAUCGUCAUUGUCGCCGAGGGUGCGCUCGACAGCGACCUCAAGCCCAUCAAGCCUGAGUAUGUCAAGGACGUGCUCAGCGAGCGCCUAGGUCUCGACACCAGGGUUACCACCCUUGGCCACACACAGCGCGGCGGUGUUCCCGCUGCUUUCGACCGCAUUCUUCCCACACUCCAGGGCGUCAAGGCGGUUGACACGCUGCUCGAGGCUACGCCCGACACCCCAUCGUACAUGAUCGGCAUUUCGGAGAACAAGAUCACCAAGAUUCCGCUGCUUGAGGCCGUCGCGCAGACAAAAAAGGUCGCGGACGCUAUCGAGGCCAUGGACUUUGACCUCGCCAUGUCGUACCGUGACUCCGAGUUUACCGACAUGCUUACGGCGUUCAAGGUCUCGUCGUCGCUUGCAGCGAGCGAGAGACUGCCAGACAACAAGCGCCUGCGGAUUGCGAUUGUUCACGUCGGCGCGCCCGCCGGUGGUAUGAACGCUGCGACGCGUCAGGCUGUGCGCUUCUGUCACGAGCGCGGGCACGUUCCCCUUGCGAUCUAUAAUGGGUGGGAGGGCCUGCUUGAGGACAACGUGAGCGAGCUCACGUGGCUGCGCGUGGACAACUGGACGACGCGUGGUGGAUCUGAGCUUGGCACCAACCGCACUCUGCCAGACGUCGACAUGGGCCAGGUUGCGAGCGCGCUUCAGCGCCACCAGAUCGACGCCAUGCUUGUUAUCGGUGGAUUUGAGGGUUACAACUCUGUCCGCCUGCUCGAGAAGUCGCGCAAGGACUACCCGUCGCUGUGUAUCCCGAUGGUGCACCUACCCGCGACCAUCUCGAACAACGUCCCCAUGACCGACUUCUCACUUGGCUCGGACACAUCGCUGAACGCAUUGGUGGUCGCGGCCGACGCCAUUAAGCAGAGCGCUGCCGCGUCGCGUAACCGUGUUUUCGUUGUCGACGUGCAGGGCGGCAUGAGCGGCUACAUUGCUGUGCUUGGUGCGCUUGCUGUGGGUGCCGUGCUCGUCUACACCCCUGAGCAGGGCAUCAACCUUGCAUGCCUCGUCGAAGACGUUGAGUUCCUUAAGGAGCGCUACGCGCUCGACGAGAAGGGCAAGAGCGAGGGGCGUCUGGUCAUCCGCUCGGAGAAGGCUUCGAGCGUGUACACGACCGAGGUGCUGACCUCGAUUCUGAAGGAGGAGGGCGCAGAGCUGUUCGAUGCGCGCUCAGCGUCGCUGGGCCACACGCUGCAGGGCGGCGUGCCGUCGCCUUUGGACCGGACACGCGCGGCGCGCCUGGCGAUGCUCUCGAUGCAGUUCCUGGAGAAGCACGCGCGGCCAAACUCGCAGGCUUUCCACCGGCGCCGCACGGGCGAGGACAUGAUCCCGCACGAGACGGCAGCGAUGAUCGCGAUCCGCGGCAGCAAGAUUGUGUUUGCGAGUAUGAGCGACGUGCAGAACCACACGGACAUGAAGCGCCGCCGUGGUACCGACGUGUGGUGGGCCGGCGUCAAGGGCCUCGCUGAAGUCAUGGGCGGCCGCACGGGUGUGCUUGUCGACAUGGACAGGCAUGUGCGCAACAAGGCGCGGUUCCGCAGAGACAGUAUCCGGAGCCAGGCGUUUUGAGGUGUGAGCGUCGUGAGAGGCGAGAGCGGCGGAUGUGCGCACGCGCGGCAGGUCAAGUAAUAUCUGGUAUGCAAUAGUUUGGAAGCGAUGAAUAGAGGUAGUGGGACAUGUGUUGCUGCGCCAGUCCAGCUUGGUCAAUGCAUCGACCCAGAAUGCCAGAUGCCAGAUGCAGAAAGCUACUAUACAUGG